CCAACGAAGAAGAAGAAGACGCACAAGCUAAACGCUUGAACCGGUCGAUAGAACGGUUAUAUUUCUGUCUCUUGUCCUGUUCCGGUGCAGAAACCACCGUUUUAAUGUCCUAAAGAGUUUACGAGCGCUUCUGGAGAAAGUUUAAUGGACUCCGAAGAAGCGAAUCUUGGCGGAGAAGAGUUCGGAGCCGACCCAUGGAUUUCUGCUGGAACCCCCUGAAGAAGAAGCUGCACGACCUCCGACAGCAACAAGUCCGUAAAGAACCCGAGGACAUUCUUGCCGAGCAGGACUGGAACCUCAGUCUGGACCAGGAGGAACCUCCUCAGAUCAAAGAGGAAGCAGAAGAGUUCUGCAGCGGUCUGGAGGCAGAGCAGCUGCUUCUGAAGCAGGAGUCUGAAGUGAAGGUUCAGUGGGAGUCAGAGUCCGAUGAAGACCCUGACCAUCAGCACCAGCUGCUGGACCCUGACACCCAGCUACAUAUCAUAGAAGUCAAGCUGGAAGACGAAGCUUCAGCUGACCGGCAGGAACCAGAACUUCCACAGGUUAAAGAGGAGCAGGUGGUUCUGAAGCAGCCGACUGGUACCUUCAUGGACAAGUGUGAGGAAUGUGACCUCGGUGAACCAGAACCAAACGGUCACCAGCUCCUCUCUCACGUCUCUCCUGUAGCUGAGAGUCCGGAUCAGAAGAGAAGCGAACCUGUGGAGUCAGAACCAGCUGGAAGCUCUGAGCUGAACCCGAAGACGAGACGUCACGGCAACAGAAGUCCUUCUGGGUCCACCGGAGAGUCCAGAAGCGAGUGUGCUACGGCGUGUGUGGUAUGUGAAGUUUGUGGGCGGGCGUUCAGGAACAAAUACAAGAUGAAGGUCCACACCAGAACCCACACCGGAGAGAAACCACACCCCUGUCCAGUCUGCAGCAAGACCUUCAGAGUCAGCAGGGACUUGACCAUCCACACGAGAACCCACACUGGAGAGAAACCCUACAUCUGUAAAGUGUGUGGCCGAGGUUUCCUUCACAGCGGUGUCUUGGCCGUGCACGUCAGGACGCACACGGGGGAGAAACCGUACAUAUGCAAAGUGUGUGGGCGGAGCUUCAGGCAGAGCAGCACUCUGUCCGUCCACCUGAGGACCCACACAGGUGAGAAGCCCUUCUCCUGCCCGAUCUGCAGCAAGGGGUUCAGCCGGAACGAUAAUCGGAUCAUCCACAUGAGGACGCACGCAGGCGAGGCCCGGGGUUCUGCUGGACCGGGUUCUGCUGGAACGGGUGCUGUUGGUGUGAGAAGCCACGCGGGCCUGAAGCCGAUUUCCUGCGAGACGUGUGGAAGAAGUUUCACUCAUCGCAGCAACCUGACCGUCCACCUGAGGACCCACACCGGAGAGAAACCCUACUCUUGUGCACGGUGUGGAAAAGCCUUCAGGCAUCACAGCAGCUGGUCCAUCCACACGAGAACCCACCAGAACCUGUAGCUCCAGAACCACCAGAACCUGUGGCUCCAGAACCACCAGAACCUGUGGCGCCAGAACCACCAGAACCUGUGGCGCCAGAACCUGUAGCUCUAGAACCAUCAGAACCUGUAGCUCCAGAACGUCAGAAUCUGUAGCUCCAGAACCUGUGGUUCCAGAACCUCCAGAACCAUCAGAACAGGACAGAACCAGGUUCUCCAGUUUAUGGGUCAGAAACCAACCUGUAUGAUUCUGAGCUCAUGUGAGACAGAACUUUAAAACCCAACAAGUGGGUCAGAGCUGCAGGUGAUCAGAACCUCCACCAGAACCUUUCACUGAGUGUAACAGAUCGGACAGAGGACAAUGUUGCUCCGAUGACUGAAGGUGAAUGAGAUGUUCCUGUUUAGAACCUCACUGUUCUGUCUCUGUCUCUGUGUUGGACUCAAACUGAGAGACAGGAGCUGGACCAGGAAGACAUUUUGUCCUUCUAAAUGAGACGUCUUGUUUGUCUCUGUUUGUUUGUGUUGCUCUGA